UGCUUUGGAUCCAUAUUACCUUGUUAGCAGGUUGCAAGCUAACCGAAUACAAGCAGUAACGUACAGUGCGGCUACAAGGGGAUGUCCCACCCUUUUUGAUACAAACUGAAGACUCCGUGGUUUUAUCGGCUCUACACAAGCAGGACUAACUUCCACACUUUGGCGAAAUGACGACGCGCUCGGAGAGAGAAAAAGCACAGAAACUGAACGAGCAGCAUCAGGCCAUUCUGUCUAAACUGCUGAGAGAAGACGACAACAAGUACUGUGCUGACUGUGAGGCAAAAGGCCCACGGUGGGCGUCAUGGAACCUCGGAGUGUUCAUGUGUAUCCGCUGCGCUGGCAUCCACCGCAACCUGGGUGUCCACAUCUCCAGAGUCAAAUCUGUCAAUCUGGACCAGUGGACACCUGAGCAGAUCCAGAGUAUGGUGGACAUGGGCAACAGCAGGGCCAGAAAGCUGUAUGAAGCCCACCUACCAGAGAACUUCAGACGGCCACAAACAGACCAAGCAGUGGAGGUCUUCAUCCGGGACAAGUAUGAAAGGAAAAAGUACUAUGACGAGGAGGCCCAGGCUACAGCUCCACAGAAGUCCUCUGAAGCCGUUCCCCCCUCCACCUCGCCGUCCUCACUGGCUGACAAGAGCAGACAGGAGAAGGAGCGAGAAAAGAAAAAAGAGGAGAAGAAGAAAGAGAAGGAUAUUGAUAGAGUGGAGAGACACAAUAACACAAAGGAGCUUGAUCAUGGCUCGGGGAAGAGAGGUCACGCUGGCGCACCUCUCCGCACAGUGAGGAAGCGGGGCCGGAGAGGAGCGAGACGGCAACCGUUGGAGCGCAUCGCCCUGGCUUCCAUUAUAAUGGCCAAUGCCCGGUCCCUCCGCAACAAGAUCGACGAUCUCCAGGCCCAUGUCCGUUAUUAUAAAUUUAAGGAAGCUUGCAUCCUGGUGCUGAUGGAAACAAAGCUGGGGAAGAAUGACCUGGACAGCGAGAUGGCUAUGGACGGGUUUGGUGUGCCGAAGCGUACGGACUGA